AUGGUCUCCGAAGAACUGCUUGAGAAAUGUCUGGAGAUCCUCCAGGACCAGGCGCUGGAUGAAGAGGAGCAGGUCGAGAAAGUCGAGGAUUUCUUGCGCGCAAACUCCUCAUUGUCCGGCUCAUCGCUGGAGAACGCGGUCCUGGACAUCCUGUGGCGGCAUCGCAAUCGAACACUGCCCGACUCCUCCCCUCCUCCAGCUCGACAUACCGUCAUUCGUCGGUCCUCCCCUGCUCCGUGGCAGGUGGCACGCGCUUCAACACCGCUAUCGCCUCAACAAACCCUCGGAAGCAGUCCCGGGGGUUCCUCAUGGGUGCAGAACUCGCGCGGGGCAUUCGUACGACCUCCGCUUUCCUCCACCGCGUCCCCGUUUACCUCUCCACGGCCAUCCCCCCGUCUGGCCCUGGCCCAGCCGAUUCCACAUUCCCCAAAUUUAAAUGCAUAUGAAUUCUCCGAUCAAACCAGCCAGAUUUCUGAUUUCUACGGCGAUCUGGGCGGCGAUACCAACGUUGACUGGCUGGUCGGCGAUGAUGCGAACAGCACCACGUCCUCCAUCGGCCCUGCAGGGCUGAGUGCGACAGCAGCGGAGUUUGUGCCGGACAUGAGCCCGCAUGAUAUCCUGCGCACCGUUUUGGGCGACAAACGAUCGAAUGAUGAGAUUGAAGCAGCGCUGGAAGCCAAUAGCUAUGACCUGGGAGCCACCAUCGCUGCUCUCUCUCAGGAUUCAGAUGCAGAUGCGAUAUUAAAGCAAGCGGAGGAUAAUCGGGUGCUGGUGGGUAAAUCCAUGGCGAUGGAACAGGUCCGUCCUGUGACACCCUUGGGGAAUGGGCGCAGUCCUGUGGUUUGCAAGUAUUGGCUAUCUACUGGGCAAUGUCUUCGUGCAGACUGUCGAUUUAGUCAUGAUUUAACGAGUCAUGUUUGCAAGUACUGGGUUAUGGGCAACUGCCUGGCAGGUGAUGGUUGUCCGUUUUCACACGAUCCAUCGGCCCUAAUAUCGAAUCUCAGUGUCUCCGGAAGUAGCAGAGCAGCAUCGCCUGCCCCCGGCUCUCCGUUCCAAGUUGAGAGUGGUUCGGAGGCAUUUCCUCCCCUGUCAUCGGGAGGAAUGGUAGACCAGUGGAUCAACCAGCAUGGAGGCCGGUACCGUGGUCUUCAUCCCGGUCCCCAGGGGAAACAGACUCCUCCUGGGCUUCUUCCAACCAUGGACAGACGCAAUGGCAGUUUGACACACCUCGGACGUCCAAAUUCACGUCCAACUAGCCGCCACCAGAACCGAGAGCUGAACCCGGCUGCGCUGUCUGUAGAUGACCCCGAUGCGUUCCCAACACUUGCUGCCGUCAGCGCAAAGACUGCUGGCAAGAAACACCAUGGGAAACGAGGCGUCCACGGCCGUGACGCUGUCAAGGAGAACAUUCCAUCAUCUCUGGCUGAUGUCGUUCGCAUGUCGCCGUCGCCUGCCCUCCCUCGGGGCAAGACUGCAACCAAAAGCACCAAGGACACCAAGGGUCGGGAAAAUAGCGCGGCGGCUUUGGCAAUUCCAGCUCCACAAAACAUCCCUUGGCUUGAGACUGGCGCUCGCGCAAACCAGCAGUACAUCAAAUAUCGCACAGAAGCAAUUCGUCACGGGACUGUGCGCAACAAGUUCUUGCAAAGUGCUGCCCAAGCAUGGAACCGAAGCGAUGCCCGAGCUGCAAAAGCUCUUUCUCUUCGCGGACAGGCGGAGAAUGAUGCCAUGCGCCGCUGCCACCGAGAAGCCGCACGCCAACUUUAUGAAGAACGCAAUCAACAUCUCGUCCAGGCAGGCCUGGACGAGUCAUCCGAAGAACUUUACGUUGAUCUACACGGCCUCCACCCCGAAGAAGCAAUUGAAUAUCUAGAGGGAAUCCUCCUAAAGCAUGCUCGAGAGGGCAUCCGGGUUCUCUAUGCUAUCACAGGCACCGGCCACCACUCCAAGAAUGGGAAAGAUAAAAUCGGCAAAGCCGUAAAGGCGUGGCUAAAUGAAUGGCGAUAUCUGUUUCGGGAGUUCAGUGUGCCCGGCGAGCGAGGGGGUUAUGUUGGAGGCAUUCUGGGCAUCGACCCUACUAGCUAUGACAAGUCUAUUGCCAGAAGCUUGGUGGAAAGCGAGGUUUCUGUGGCAGAUGGAGGACAACCGAACUUGACGAUGGGUAAGAUCCAGCUGCUUAAGCGCGAGGAUUUGACCACGGCAUAA